AUCUUAUAAUCUUCACAUACGAUGGACGUCAAUUUCCGCAAGAUUGAUAUCGACCAAUACGACGAAGACGUCCUUCUGGAGAGCGAGCUGUAUGAGCCGGACCCGCGGGAUCCGGCCCAAGUCGUGAGCGACGCAAAGCAGAAGGCUACCGCAGUCCGGUCCUCCCUGGCAAAAGGCGACAUCGUAGGUGCACUGACAUUAGCUCUCACGGAUGCACCAUAUGGCCCGAAUGUUGACGAAGCUAAGAAUCUCAACCUCCAAACACUCGUAUCAAUCCUCAACAGCACGAAGUCGUCAGAGAUACCUGGCGUAGUCAAAUCCCUGCCACCCGACUCGCAGGACACACUGAUGAAGUAUCUAUACAAAGGCAUGGCGCUGCCUGGAUGGGGGGAUCUCAGUGGAAGUGUGCUACUUGUGUGGCAUGAGAAGUUGACAGAAGCUGCAGGAACAGGAUGUAUUGUAAGAGCAAUGACGGAUCGAAGACUUGUAUGAUACACGCCGCACCACAACUCGACACCUUUCGCCAUCUGCAAUCAAGUCACAGUACCGCAUCGUGCCAA